GUGUGUGUGUGUGUGUGUGUGUGUGUGAAGCGUGUGUGUGUAUGAAGCGUGUGUGUGUGUGUGAAGCGUGUGUGAGUGUGUGAAGCGCGUGUGUGUGUAUGUGAAGCGUAUGUGUUUAUGUGAAGCGUGUGUGUGUGUGUGUGAAGCAUUUGUGAGUUCGAAUCGUGUAUUCAUUUAUGAAGCAUUUAUGUUCGAAUCGUGCACAUGUGUGUGAAUCGUGUAUGUAUAUGUGAAUCGUGUGUGUGUGUGUGUGAGCAUGUGUGUAUGUAUGUGGAGCAUGUGUGUGUGUAAAGCGUAUGUGUGUUUGUGUGUAAAGCGUAUGUGUAUGUUUGCGUAUAGUGUGUAUAUGGUAUUAACAUUAUUAGUAUAGUGUAUGGUUUGGUGUAUUGUAUGGUAUGGGUACGGAAGAAUCAUUUUUCACACCCACCUUAGUCCCACGUCGAGCCUACGUUUGUGCACUUAGGCACAUACUCUUGAACUUUUUUUCGUAAGACUUUUACCCCUCGAUCAUUGUUUUGAUCUUUUGUGGUAACAUUUGAGGGUUUCUCUAAGUUUUUCCUCCAGAAUCAGGAUCUUUUCAUUACUCGAAUGUUCGUAGCAUUGCGCAAUCAACCCGAAUAGGGUAUUCCACGGCAAGAUAUCACAAAAUCUGAAGAAACUAAUCAAAUUGACAAAGGCAUGAUAAAUGCACUCAUUAAAUAAUAAAAAUAAAAAUUCAGCAAAUAUGAAUGUUCCAACUUCGCAUUAAUCGCAAUUACGAAUGGGUGAGCAUGGGGCAGAUUUUCUUUCUGGUACUUAUUGAGAAACACAUAACCUUUCCAAUGGUGGGUAAAUUUUUGCUGGGACUUGCUGGGAACCCAAACAAAAAUCCUUUUUUGUAAAAAAAAUGUUGAUCAAAAGAAACUGAAAACACGUGUAUGGCAAUCGCUUGUUUUGAACAAGUUUUUUCAACCUAUACAACACAUUACCUACACAAAUUUACCUAAUAUACCUUCGUUGUUACCGCCCAUAUUAAAUUUACGCUCAAGAAUUACUUCAAAGUUAUAAUAACACGAGUGAAAGUGUAUAGUUUUCGUACAAUAAUUUGUGACUUAUUCAUGGGCUCUAACUAAUAUCAAGGUUAUGAUAGUUACUGUAGUUUGUAAUCAACUCAAAUAAUUUCAAGAUGGCCUGCAUACAAAGUAGUAAGUAAGUAUCAGAGAAUCCAAAAAUGAUCAAUAGCACGAGGAACACUUGAAUAAUUUUUUUCGUGUUUUGGCCAAGUUUUUGACUGAAAUACUCCUAGUGCUAGUAUUGUCAUGAUGAUUUGUACUGGUAUUGGUUAUAUUUUUCAGAAUGCUGCUAUCGUUAAAACAGUGCAAGCAGUAAUCAAUACUGAUGAUCUAAGUACUGACUAGGUUAAUACAAAUAUGAACUAAUCGAUUCACUCUCAUGAAUCCGGUCAUUCAAAAACAUCAUCGAAUCAAUAAAUGCCCCAGUCUAGUCCCGUUCCCCUCCGUCUACACCCAACAAAACGACAAGAACACGUUUGAACCUUAAGCAGAGGUUUUGGAAUCAACAACUGCACCCCACACGAAUUCACCAGGACCUGAGAACCCGAGGCCUUCAGUGAUAUCUUGGCUCAGCGGCACAUACCAUAGGCCACUUGAACACCAGCGAACAACAACAACGAACCAUAACCAGCAACUAGCCCCCGCACAAUACCUUCAGGACCCGAGAAUAACAAGCCCCUCUUCCAGCUCAUGACAUCGUGGCUCAGCAGAACAAAUCCAUACAUGCUGCAUAUUCAUGGCCAUUCGAAGAGCAUCAGACGACCAUCAAACUACAAAACAGUGAUUGAAAAAUACAUCCUAGUUUUAAGAUAGACUUAAUUUCAGCUCGUAGUCGGCAGCGAGGAUAAAAAAUUUGCUUUAAGAUUUUAAGUCUUCAGAUAUAAUUGGCGCCGUUAAACAUUAAAUUGUAUUUGUGCCUUGUCAAAUAAAUGAUAUGAGAAAAAAAUCGAAUCAAUAACAAUUAAAAAGACAUUGGGUUUGUUCAAAACAUUUUGCAUUUAACGGCGACUCUGGUUUUAUUUAUAUGUCAGUAAAUUCUGUUCCAACAAGGCUCGCUAUUGGCUGUUUUGGUUGCUAUUUAUUGAAGCGAAAACGUUUAAAAUUGUAACCGCUUUUUCUUGAUUUUCCUCUGGAUCUUCUCGGGCACCUUGCUGAGGCGGUAUUCCAAAUGAACAUUAGUACAUUAGUAGAAAGGAUCCAAACAUGCUUUUUCUUUGCCUUCUUAAGCAUUUCCAUAUUCCUGGCAUGACCUGGAAUGCCCGUCGAGGAUCAAAAGUACCGAAGAUUUUUCUGUUAAUUUAGUCUAUCGGUCAAACUAAACGGUCAAACCACAUGGGAAACGUAUAUGAUGAGUUCCAACCGCGCUACGGGUGCUUCAACCUUUAGAGCCUCACUCAUAUGUUUUCAGUGGAAAAUUCAUUGUAGAAAUAUAUUCUCCCCAUACUGUAAGCUGCGGAAAUGGUCAUUAUGACUUUUUAUGUAAAAACUGCUCCCGCUACUUACCGUGCGCCUUCCAUUGCCAACACUUUGCAACUCUAUGUUACAACCUAUGAAAAUAAAAUAAUCUCUAAUACUACCUCCAAUACGAGUAAUAGUCAACUAGAUACUUACGGUACUGGAACCAGUCUUAUGCGCUUUCCAUCUUCGAUUCGAGGGGAACGGACUACUUCAUAAAUCUCUCGGAGGAGUUCAUAAAAGCGAUUAACACUAGAUCGAUUGCAUCCCACAACCACAAAAGAUCAAAACAAUAAUGGUCGCAUUUACGGAAAAAGUUGUAAAGGCGAGGCGUUUUGCCCCGACUGAGCAUUUCAUACAGAGUUCCCUUAAAAAAUGUUUCGGUUUCUAAAAGAUCAAACAAAAAUUUAAACGAAAAUUAUUUCUUCGACUCUCUUGUGCUAAAAUAUUUGAAUUGGUUGAAUAAGAUCGAUACAAACUCUGAAUUGUUUUUAUGCCCAUGAGUAUAGUUAACCAAAAUUUCGUUGAAAAAUAACACAAUGCAAAAAAAAAAACAAUAACACAACGAGUGCACUGCGAUACCGGCGGAAAUAAAACCUUUUGUGUGUGUUGUUAAAUUUAACAUAUACGCUAUCGAAAAACUAGUAAUAAUAACCAAACGGCUAGAAUUUUUUUCUUCCUAUUUCAAUUUCCACAUGGAUAUGUUAUAAAAUAAAAAUAAAAUUUGUAACGGUCAAACUAACAAGAUUUUCUAUUUCUGGAAAAUAGCAGACCUCUUAUUGCUAUAUAAAAUGUGAUUUUAUUGAAAGUUACCGUUUAAUAAGUUAUAGGAUGUCACAUUCUGUGAAUUUGCUAUACUACGAAAACUGAGACUUUUUUCCAUUAGACGAAAAUUAAAGCGUACGCUUUAAACAUUUAAGUUCAUUAAUUUAUCUUUAAAUAGCUGUUCCCUAUUGUUUACUAUGUAGUAUUAUUACUGAUUGCUGUGAAGUGAAAUAAACCAAAUCAGAGGCGAGCAUACGAUCAGAAAAUGGUACAUACUUCAAUUGUUAUAUAGCGUGGGAGAGGGCGUAGUAAAACACGGAAGCUCAUUAAGUCAAUUCUGUGCAUGUUUAAUGGCAAUGAUUAGACGGUAUAUUUGUUUAAGCCAAUUAACUAAAUUGAUUUACUCGUAUAGUAAUGUUGUCAUUGAAAUUUUAAUUAAACUGUCGUCUUAUGGUUGGAAAGAUAGUAAUCGAUAUCGUUAGUCUUGAUUUGACAGUCCUCGAAAAAGCGUCAGAUAUUUACGAUAUUCGUGAUACAACAGUUAUGAAAAACAUUGGCUCUAAAAUGAAUAUGUCUAUUUCGCAAUUAUCAUCACACACUUGGGCUCGAAACAACAGUUACGUUAUACCUGGAGUUUACGAUUUAACAGUUGAAGAUACAAACUGGGUGCUUACUUCAUCUUUCAUCAUUUUUACAAUGCAAACUGGCUUUGGUAUGCUGGAGUCUGGAUGUGUUUCUGUUAAAAACGAAGUUAAUAUAAUGAUGAAAAACAUAAUUGAUAUAGUUCUAGGAGGAUUUACAUACUGGCUUUUUGGUUAUGCAAUGUCCUUCGGUCGAGGUGAAUUGAACAACCCUUUCAUGGCUUUGGGUGAUUUUUUGAUAGAUCCAAGUGUAAGUGAUCCACUUUUCGGACCAAUAUUCGCUGCUUUUUUGUUUCAACUAUCGUUUUCAACGACUGCAACUACUAUCGUCAGUGGUGCAAUGGCAGAGAGGUGUAAUUUCAAGGCGUAUUGCUUGUUCUCCUUUCUUAACACCAUCGUUUACUGCAUACCGGCCGGAUGGGUUUGGGGAGAACAUGGUUUCCUAAGUAAGUUAGGAGUUGUUGAUAUUGCCGGGAGCGGACCAGUACAUCUUGUAGGAGGAGCAUCGGCUUUUGCGUCAGCCGUAAUGCUCGGACCACGGCUCGGGCGUUAUGCGAAAGGUAUCGAACCUCUACCCUUGGGUAAUCCCGUGAACGCAUGCAUGGGUUUGUUUGUUCUAUGGUGGGGAUGGUUAGCAUUCAAUUCAGGCAGCACGUACGGUGUUAGUGGUGCGAAAUGGGUUUAUGCAGCUCGUGCUGCUGUAAUGACAAUGAUGGGAUCUUUUGGAGGGGGCAGCUUUAGUAUGAUAUAUUCGAUGGCACGCAAUGAAGGGCGAUUGGACAUUGUUGAUUUAAUCAACGGCAUUUUGGCAUCACUGGUGUCGGUAACUGCGGGUUGUUUUUUGUAUCACGCAUGGGAAGCUAUAAUCAUAGGAGCUAUAGGAUCUGCUCUAUGUUGUCUCUGUAUGCCUCUCUUUGAUAAAAUGGGUGUCGAUGAUCCAGUAGGUGCCAGUGCUGUUCAUGGCGUUGCGGGAAUAUGGGGUGUUCUGGCUGUCGGUUUAUUUGCUGACAAUCCAGUCCCGUUGGGUACCACGAACGGACGAUUUGGUUUGUUCAAAGGAGGUGGUUGGUAUCUGCUUGGUGUACAAUCUCUUUCUGCUUUAUGUCUUGCAUGUUGGUCUAUUUGUACUACAUUAGCACUUCUUUGGAUCAUUAAUAAAAUAGUACCAAUAAGGAUGGAUCCAAAUGAGGAAUUGCUCGGCGCAGACCUUAUGGAACAUCGAAUAAGACAUUCACAGAUUGGAAUAUCAAGGGCACUUUCGGCAUUGGCUCCUUUAAAAGUUGACUUAGAUGACGUUGUUAAUGCACCUUCUAUUGGUCGAAACCCAGGACACGAUCAAUGCUUAGAUGAAAUACGUGCCGCAAGCCAGAAGCUAUACGAGUGGCGUUCUUUUAUGGAUAAAAUGUCUCCACAGAAAAAAACUAAAGCUGAGACAUCAGUAGACAAGAAUGAGUUUGCGAACAAGGAUUCUUUCAAACUCCGUAAUAUAAAGCGGAAUAAUAGGAGUAAUCUUACAACAUACGCUGAUAACCAAGGAUUUGACGGAUCCUCCGGGGAUGAUGGAGCGAAACUCGGAAAUAAACCUUUUGCAAUAUCUGGAAACGUUUUAGGCAAGAUCCAAUCUGAAAGAAAUGAGCAAAACUUUGCUUGGAUAGAUUGAAUAACGAACGACAACAAUCGACGAUGAACGUUUAAAUUAAGAAAUAAAUAUAUUUAUACUGCAUAUACAGGUAGUCACCUGUAAAUUCUGGAUUUAUCAGGAAAUAUGAUUUUACCGGAAAAAUCAUGAAAUUUUUAGCAUAAUUAGGGAUUUGUUGCUAUUUAAAAAGAAUUUAUAUA